GAGUCAUUCUCCCAAGUUGUUUGGAUAUUGUGCAGAUCAGCUGUCAGUGUUUUGUGUCGUCUCUCUUCAGCACCACUGGCACCAACAGGAUGACACAGCACGAGUGGUCGCGCCUCUUCCAGAUUACAUCUACGAAGCUCAAGGACAACUGGAGUUUGGAGUUGGAUGAAAAUCUUGUGCACAACUCCCAAAGACCAGGCUGGAAGAAGUGUAUUGUGAGCACUGGUGGAAGGUUCAGAUGCACCAAGUGUGGAAGAGGCUGGUCUUCUAACAUGGUGAGGGUGGUCUGCCACAUGCGUCUGGCGUCGGGGCAGGGCUUCGUCAAGUUGAGGCCCUCCCGUCAGAACUGCAAGGAGUGCACUGAUGGUCCAAUGGAGGAGCCCAGUAUCUCCUCUGACAACAUCAAAACCCUGCUGAAGAAUGUUGUGGAGAAGAUCAGAAUAAAAUGCUAUAAUGAAUACAUGGGCAAUACAAACAGGCCUUUCAGAAGCUUUGACACCAAUCGUCCCCAUGAGCCUGCCCAUUGUGAGGCCUGUAUGCAAGGCAUCUGUCCAAAGCGUUGAGCUUGUGUUGCAUUUUGUUUCUUAUAAUGUUUUAUGCCUCAGCUCAUGUUCGCAAAGCACCAGUUGUGGAAGACUUUACUUCCUUCCAUUCUGUUACAUUGUACUGUAUGAUAUCCAAGUGGAUGUAAGCGUUCAUAUUUGUCCUUGUUGGAUUUUUUCUUGCUGUGAAUCUUGUUAAAAUGUGAAUUUUUGUGCUCAAAUUAUUAAGCCACCCUUCUCAUGAGCUACACUUAACAUUGUUAUAGAUUUUGUUGUUGUUCCAGUAAAAAGCUUAUAAGCAAUAAAGUAAAUGCUUUUGUGA